GAAUGGUGAAAACACAUUAAUAUCUGAUGCGAGCCUGAGAGAUGUCGGACUCAUUUCCUAUGAUCCAAACAAAGACUAUGAAUACCACAAUGGAGCUACAGAUGGCGCCAUAGACCUCACAGCCACCAAACUUCCUACUGAUGCAUGUGUUUGCCUGCGUGUGCUCCCUCAAUAUUUUGGCUUUGCAUCUUGCUAGCCAAGAUGACUUCAAAUAUGCAUGUAAAGCCCUAGACUACACUAGCAAAGCCACUGCAGCCUUGGCUGGGAAGACUCCUUCGCCAUCUUCUCAGGACAAACUUGCUGCGUUCAGUGUCAGUAGUGCGCUAAGAACUUCGGACGGAAUCGUUUAUUCCACUGUCUCCGCCCCAGUUCCAUCAACAUAUGCAGUUACCACCCAACCUGGCUCCAUCUUUAGCACCACCUUGGUGCCCACAUCGACAGUUCAGAAUCAGUCUGUGCCCCAACAGUUUGGCUUCAUCUCCGCCACAGACCAAGGACAAUUUUUUUCUCACGAUAUAGGGCUACCGAAGGAGCUUCUACCCGCGGCGCUUGCUGACAUCAUAACAGGGUAUCCGGAAAUGUACUCAGAUGCCACAUUGGAAGCACUAGCAGCUUCUCUGGAUGCAUUAGCCUCUUCUUCAAUUUUCCCUGGUUUAGACAGCACCAAGAUGGCUCAGUAUCAGAUGGAGAGGGAGUUUCUAGAGCUUGAGAAGCUUAAACAAUUAUGUCUCGCUGAGGAGUUAGAGUGGGAAAGACAAGAGAUCCAGCGCUAUCGUGAACAGGAGCAGCUCAUGGUGCAACAAGAACUUGAGGAGCUUCAAGCUCUGAAACAACAGCUUCUCAUGCAGCAAGAAGAAGAGCACCACGCUCACAUGGUGGCCCAGCAGGAGACAUAUGCCCAGCAGAAAGAACAACUGCAGCAAAUCCAGCAACUCCAGAUUCAACUUCAGAGGCAGUUAGACGAGCACUAUGGUAGCACGGGUACCACGACAAAUCUCCUCGAGGCCAAGUAUGCAGGAGUAGGAGAUAGCGGACAAUACUGGCCCGUAAAAGAUGAGUCUACAGGUCCACCUGUUGGCACACAGUUAGAAGAAAGGCAGGGCCAGCACAACAUAGCAAAACGGCUUCAAGACGAUCAGGACACAUGCAAGAAGAUCAUUGACAGUGGGUUGCAGACUGAUGAUGAAGACUCGGCUGAAAAGCAGCAUGUCGGAAGAAGAAAAAAGAACAAAAAAAACAACGAUAGCUCGGCUCAGAGUGACGAUGAGGACCAGCACGAAUGGGAGGCUCCUGCAAAGGCUCGACGACGCUCUCGAAAACACAGCAGUGAAGGAAAACACAGCUCUAAGGUGUCCAGUAUUGCUAUCCAGACAGUUGCCGAGAUAUCUGUUCAGACUGACCACUCUGGCUCGAUCAAGAGACCCAAAGUCCAGAUGGACACCAAGGUGGAAAUAAUCAAACACAUCUCAGCUCCCGAAAGCUCUCAGAGAGGGGGAAGUCUGAGCUGUCAGACAGACUCAGACAGGAGGCAUACACCCAUUGAAGUCGGUUACAACACAAACCUCACAAACGAUGUCGUGGCUAGAUCGAGAGGUUUCUAUACAUCGGUUUCCCCCCUCUCUCACGAUACAUCACUUGGAGGACAGAGAAUGUUGACCGCUGAUCCGAGCAGAUUUUCCUCUUGCCCUCGGUUGAAGUCUGGUCAGAAGUCUUUAUCUGAUUCUAAAUCUCUGAGUCCUGCGACAGAAGAAAGGAUGGCUGUCUACUACGGAGAUACGUAUUCAGGUCGAGGCUCCCCUUCCGGCACAGGGAAGAAGGUCAAGCGGACACUACCAGAUCCACCUCCAGAGGAUGACCCGCUGAUGGGACGCUUGGGCUACAGCAGCAACUCUGCCCGCCGUCGGCUUGCUCGCAGCACCACGAUGGCCCGUGCCAAGAUCCUGCAGGACAUUGACAAAGAGCUUGACAUGGUGGAGAGAGAAUCUUCAAAACUACGUAAAAAACAGGCUGAACUGGAUGAAGAGGAAAAGGAAAUUGAUGCCAAACUACGGUACCUGGAAAUGGGUAUCAAUCGGCGAAAGGAGGUCUUGCUGAAAGAGCGAGAGAAGCGGGAGAGGGCUUAUCUCCAGGGGGUGGCAGAGGAAAGAGAUUACAUGUCAGACAGUGAGGUUAGCAACAUCAGAGAUGACCGGAGUGACGGCUUGGAAAGGCCACGAACGGCACCGCAAUCUGAGUUCGAUCAGUUCAUAACCCCGCAGACAGAAGCUGAUUCUCAGUAUAACACACUCACAAGUCCCUACUCUCAUUAUGGCCAAUAUGUUCCCCAGACCCAAACUACCAGCCAUUACACCCAACAUAACCUCUAUGAGCCGCAGUCUGUUUACCACCAACAGGUUUCUCCUUAUCAGCACGUCUCGACCAUAUCCCUCUCCCAUGGUGAGGAUCAGACUAGUAACUACCAACGUGCUCUGCUCUUACAACAAGGAAAACAGCGUCAAACCAACCUUUCUGAUUUAGAGCCCAAGAUCACCACUAACUAUGAGGUCAUACAUAACCAGCCACUAAUCAUCGUGCCAACCUCCUCAGAAAGUGGCUUUGGGGUUGCUCAUCUCGGCGGCAAAUAUGGCAGCUUGGAUUUGAGGCUAGGACUAGAGGAGAGAAGUAUGGCCUCGAGUCCCAUGUCAAGCAUCUCCGCGGAUUCUUUCUACGCUGAUAUCGACCACAACAAUGCCAGGAACUAUGUGCUGAUUGAGGACAUAGGGGAGCUCACCAAGGCCUCCACAGGAUUGGGUACCACUGGCUUGGGUUCUGGAUUUAAUCUGCCUGAUAAGGAGUUGUCCAAGGCAGACAGACUACUGAGGGCAGCAGAAGUCAGACGUACAGAGGUUUCCGAUUUUUUAGGCCAGUCCCAACUUCAAAGUUAUGGUAAAGGAGAAGAAGAGACUAUGGAGGACCCUUAUGAGUUAAAGCUAUUGAAGCAACAGAUCAAGCAAGAGUUCCGGCGAGGAACUGAAGGACUAGAACAUUUGUCAGCCUUGGGACUUCCACAGUAUCUUCCCAGCGAUAGCAACUUUCGCCACUUCCCGAAAGGUGAAAAAUAUAGCAUAGGAAGGCUGACUCUUGAGAAGCAGGCUGCAAAACAACUCCCGGCUGCGGUGCUAUACCAGAAACAGAUGAAGAACAAAAAGGCUUUAAUAGACGCAAAAGCCAUCACGAAAUUUUCCCCCAUUCAGGAGAGUCGAGAUUUGGAGCCAGACUUUGCCAGCUACAUGGGAUCUGGAGCAUCCUCAGUCACCAACCUGGCUGCCAGGGCAAGGCUACUUCAGGAUGAGAUUACAUUUGGACUGAGAAAGAAUUUAUCGGAGCAGCAAAAGUAUUUGGGCGCCUCACUGGGAGCUAAUCUUGCUGGUUCUUUGGGGCAGUCUCUUGGAAUGGGGUCCACAAUUAGGACCUCUGUUCAGGAUGAUGGCACCUACCCAAGCGGCAGCCGUUCCAGACCGUCGUCUCGUCCUUCUUCCCGACCCUCCUCUGUCUAUGGCUUGGAUCUAUCAAUCAAACGGGAUCCGUCCAGCACCUCAGUGCUACUUAAAACUGAAGGGGAAGUGUUGGAAGCAGCUUUUGCUCCUGGCGUGACCAGAACAAAGCCCACCAGUUUACCUAUCAGCCAAAGCCGGGGCCGUAUUCCCAUCGUGGCUCAGAACUCUGAGGAGGAGAGCCCUUUGAGCCCGGUGGGGCAGCCAAUGGGUAUGGCUCGGGCUUCGGCGGGACCCCUGCCUCCGAUUUCCGCUGACUCCAGGGACCAGUUCGGCUCCAGUCAUUCCCUGCCGGAGGUCCAGCAACACAUGAGGGAAGAAUCACGAACUCGCGGCUAUGACCGGGAUAUCGCAUUCAUCAUGGAGGAUUUACAAGGUGCCAUGUCGGACAGCGAAGGACUCAGUGAGUCCGUGCUGGUGUUGAACAGAGAGGAAGCCAGAAUCUUUCAUGAAAGUAUCGCACACGCCUACCAUCUGAGACGAGAGGACACCGACUGGUUCGACAAGCCAAGGGAAGGGCAUCCGCAGGCCAGACACAUGGCAGACAGGAGACAGAUGAAACUGGUUCCUUAUGUCUUCCCCCACACUCGCGUCAAACUCACCAGAGACCAGAGGGACUCAAGCGUGUCAGGGAAUGGUCUCGGGAUCCGGGUGGUCGGCGGAAAGGAGAUCCCGGGAAGCCGAGGGGAGAUCGGAGCCUACGUUGCCAGGGUCGUCCCCGGUGGCAUCGCAGAACAAACAGGAAAAGUCUUGGAGGGCAUGCAGGUGCUGGAGUGGAACGGCGUGCAGCUCACGGGAAAGACUUACGAGGAAGUGCAAGGCAUCGUGGGCCAUCCGUGUGCAGAGGCGGAGCUCUGCGUGCGACUCGACCUUAACAUGCUGUCUGACCCCGAGCACCCGCAAGUUCUGGAGCACCACACCAUCCAGCUCAAAGCUGUAGGAGGCCAGCGUUCUCCCGGCGUGGAUCCCAAGCAGCUGGCCGCAGAACUGCACAAGGUCUCCCAGCAACAGGCGCCGGGCGGGACGGGCGUAGGUCUCGGAGGGCCCGCGGGUCUGAGCGUGCUGUCGGCGCUGGAGCGCUCGGCCCUGCUCCAUUCGGGCGCCGGGUCGGCGGCCUCCAGCGGGGUGCCCAGCCCCGGCCGGCCCGCGUCGCCGGCCGUCAAUAAGAAACAGCGACACAAGCCAACUGACAUGAUCAGGAUGUCACAUCCCAUAACUGGAGAGAUUCAGCUCCAGAUCAACUACGACAGGAACGUAGGGAACCUGAUUGUGCACGUGCUCCAGGCCAGGAACCUGGCGCCGAGGGACAGCGACGGCUACUCGGACCCUUUCGUCAAGGUCUACCUGCUGCCGGGGAGAGGCCAAGUCAUGGUUGUCCAGAAUGCAAGUGUGGAUAACAAGAGAAGGACCAAGUACGCCCAGAAGACCAUGAACCCGGAAUGGAACCAGACGGUCAUCUACAAGAACAUCCACUUGGAACAGCUGAAGAAAAAGACGCUGGAGGUGACAGUCUGGGACUACGACAGAUCCUCAUCCAAUGACUUCCUCGGAGAAGUCUUGAUCGACUUGUCCAACACAGCCCAGUUGGACAACACACCUCGUUGGUUGCCGCUUAAAGAGCAGAGCGAGAGCAUCGAGCACAGCCGAGCCCACCACGGGGUCCAGGGGCCGCCCGGGUCUGGAGCCGGGCAGGGGCACGGUAACCAAGACCACCAGUCGGGGCCCGGGACCGGGCACGGUUUGGGACAAGGGACGGAGCAGGGAGAAGGGAGCUACGAUUCACCCAUUAACUCUGUGAUCAAGAGCAGAAGCCAUGGAAUCUUCCCUGAUCCAUCCAAAGAUUUGCAAACGUCGCCUCUGGAAAAGUCCCACAGCAGCCCGGGCAGCUCCAAGUCCUCCUCAGACGGCCAGCUCCGCUCGCACGGGCCGUCGCGGAGCCAAAGCAAGAGCAGCGUCACUCAGGCCCACCUGGAGGACGCCGGGAUAGCCAUCGCCGCCGCCGAGGCGGCCGUGCAACAGUCCCGCCUGCAACCAAGACCGGGUCACCGGCUGGGCGACGUCUCAGGGCCGGUGGUGCUGUCGGCCCCCAGCCUGGUGGGCGACGUCUACGGGGGCGGUCUGGACGGGGGUGAGGGUGGAGGAACCGGCGUGGACAGCGCCAUAUUUCAAGUGCCUCGGAUCGGUACGACCAUUCCCAACGGAACGGAUAAAAACCACAUGGGGACGCCGGAGAACGAAGGGGGUAAGACCCAAGUGAUGGGCGAGAUCAAAGUGGCCUUGAAGAAGGAGGUGAAGACCGACGGGGAUCAGUUGGUCCUGGAGAUCCUGCAGUGCAGGAACAUCACUUACAAGUUCAAAAGUCCAGACCACCUGCCAGACUUGUACGUGAAACUGUACGUCGUCAACGUGGCCACUCAGAAGAGGAUCAUCAAGAAGAAGACUAGAGUCUGCCGGCACGACCGGGAGCCUUCGUUCAACGAGACCUUCCGCUUCCCCCUCAACCCCACGGGACACUCCAUACAGCUUUUCCUGGUGUCCAACGGGGGCAAGUUCGUGAAGAAGACCAUGAUCGGGGAAGCCUACAUCUGGCUGGACAAGGUUGACAUGAGGAAGAGGGUGGUCAGCUGGCACAAGCUGCUCGUCAGCUCUGCGCCCGGCAACCUCUGAGCAGAUCAUCCCAUAAUUUUAAUAAGUGCUAAUCAUUAUAGUAAAAAAAAAAAAUAAAAAUAAUGAGAGGCUACUAAAUCCAGUGAGAUCGGUGCACAUGCGGGAGGUAUGUUGUGCUAAUAAGCGCUAAUGUUGACUUGGCACACUUGCAAUUAUAAUGUAAGAGGACAGUGGUGGGGACAUUUGAAGUGCUAAAUUGGGCAAUUGCAGGUCACAUACAGGCAAACAAUUCAUUCACGCAUUUUUCGGGGAAGCUAGCUAGCUAGCUAGCUGCCCUGCAUCGGAAUCAAACGCAUCUCUACUUUUAGCCAGAUUUGCUAACCACCGCUCGACCGUGCGUCAAAAGAAUCGAAGAAACGUUUCUUAGCCGUGUUGCCGUCGGGUCCCCCGACCUUCGGCCUCCCGCUACGUUUACGAGCGGGCGACGCGCCUCCGAAAUGGUCACGUGCUAGUUAGCAUUUUGCACUGUUCGCUUGUAGCGGCGCCCGGGGAAUGUUCCGACACGCGAGGAUGACUAGUGUUGACUUAUCGCUUAUCGACGCCUCCCUGCCGCCCGGACUUACCUACAACAUCAAGGUUCCUUGAUCUCCAUCUGUGUGUGCGUGUACGACCCCGUCUAAACCCCCGGUGCAACACGGUCAACCAGCCUACUUCAUUGCCUGCGACCCCCCCAAAAAAUAACAAUAAAACUAAAUAUGACACAAAAAACAAAAAACAAAACAAAAAAAAAACAGCCCGGAUAUUUAAUUUCAAUACAGGUCAAACCUGCAACAAGUCAUGUAAAAAAAUAAAUCAAUAACAUACAUGUUUAGCAUAUCACAAAAUAUUAAAGAUUAAAGAUUAAAAACAAGAUGUCACUUUAACAGCAAAAAUAUAUAUAUAUAUAUAUAAAUUUAAAAAAAUAUAGGACACUAAGAGUAAAGGAGUAUUUUGUUUUUCUGGGAAUUGAUUUAUCGUGCCAUGUUCCUGCUUCUUUUGAGGUACUUCUAUGCAACAUUUGAUUUUUGAUUUUAGUAACUCAAUGUGUGUGUUGAAGCAUAAGGUCUAAAACAAAAAGAAUGCCGGAGGGGGGGUGGAAAAAAAUAAAAAUUAUUUCAUUUGUAAUCGAUUUGAAUCCAAUGUGGAAGCUCGUGCACUUUAUUGUUUUUUUUUUUGUUUGUUUUUUUUUUGUCAUUCAUGCGUUUCAGCGUCUCCCGGCACCGGAAUGAAUCGAAAUAUGUGGCGAUUAGAACGUUUGACGUGGCGUGCGUUCAUUUGUGUCUAUGUAGCAAAAAUAAUGAAAAAAAAAACAUACCAAAAAAAAAUUUAAAAAAAAGAAUUCUAUACAUAUACGGUGAAUGCGGGAGUAUCACCGAAUGGCAAUGCACAAUCCGACCACAGUGACACGAGCAACCAAAUCUCGUGUACAGCAAGUGAAAAGAUGAUUUCCGUGGCAAAAUAUGUCUCUUCAUGACUGUUUCCCCCGGUAACCGUUGGUCCCGUCGCCUGUUGAUUGUGCAAUCAUCCGCGUGCGUGAAUGUGAAUUUGACAGUGUACAUAAAGUGUUUAUUUUCUACAGAGUGAAUGUUUAUUUUGUCCAAAUAUGAGCAUGCGAGGAGAGGGGGGGGGGAUAAAAAGACAUAAAUUUAAUGUACAAAUCAUGUGUGUCUGUAGUUGUACAACACAAAUGAGGGUCGGGCAGGGGGGGGGGGUGUCUUCAUGUUUUGGAUGUUGCAUGUUCGGUCGGACACAUUAUGUAUAGAUUGAUCUGUAUGCUGACUGUAAAGAAAUAUGCUUGUAAAAUUGUCUUGUUUUUCCACCCAUAAAAGAAAAAAAAACAACAAUAAUGUAACGGUUUUGUGAUUGUACACAGGAUGUGUUGAGACAUUAUGCAAAUUGUGCUGUAAAAAAAAAAACAGAACUCGCUGCCA